GGUGCUUUCCCUGCCCCUCCGCCCGCUCCUGGCGGGCCGAUUCCCCGCCGAGCUCGGGGCCCAGCGGAUCGCCUUCUUAUAGACGCAAAUACAACGGUAAAGCUGAGCUGCUCCUCUUGCAGACAACAGGAGGAGAAGGAAAUGAGCCAAGAUGUCUGAAAACAGCCAAAGGGCCUCCCUGGCCUUCGGGCAGGUAGUGAUUGGGCCUCCGGGCUCGGGGAAGACGACCUACUGCCACGGCAUGCAGGAGUUCAUGGCCAGGAUCGGGCGCCGGGUGGUCGUGGUGAACCUGGACCCCGCCAACGAGGUGACGCCCUACCAGUGCGCCGUGGAUGUCUCCGAGCUCAUCACCCUGCCGGACGUGAUGGAGAAUUUGAAGCUGGGGCCCAACGGCGGGUUGAUCUACUGCAUGGAGUACCUGGAGGCCAACUUCGACUGGCUGCAGGAGAAGCUGGCUGCCUUCAGGGGUCACUACUACUUGUUUGACUGUCCGGGACAGGUGGAGCUCUACACCCACCACAACGCCCUGAAGAACGUCUUCGCACAGUUGGCCAAGUGGAACUUCAGGCUGGCAGCAGUUCACUUGGUGGAUUCUCACUACUGCACGGAUCCUGGCAAGUUCAUCUCUGUCCUGUGCACCUCGCUCUCCACCAUGCUGCACGUGGAACUGCCCCACGUUAACGUCCUCUCCAAGAUGGACCUGAUCGAACAAUAUGGCAAGCUGGCAGGUGCAUGUUGCUGUGGGAGAAUCCCCAUUGCUGAAACCCACCUGCUGAAGAGCCUGGAAGGGCUUUGUGCUGUUAACGGAGCCUUUGGGAAGCAGUGUCUUCCCCGCAGCGGGGAAGGCUCUGGCCCACCUAAUCCCUUCAACCUGGAUUAUUACACAGAGGUCCUGGACCUCUCCUACUUGGUUGACCAUUUAGCUUCCGACCCCUUCUUCAGAAAUUACCGCCGCCUCAAUGAGAAGCUGGUGGAGGUGAUUGAAGACUACAGCCUGGUGUCCUUCGUUCCGCUUAACGUCCAGGAUAAGGAGAGCAUGCGGCGGGUGAUGCAGGCAGUGGACAAAGCCAACGGCUAUUCCUUCGGAGACCAGGAGCACAGGAGCCUCGAAGCUCUGAUGUCAGCAGCAGUGGGAGCUGAUUUCCACUUUACUUCUUAUCAGCACACUUGCAGUGCAGGAGAAGUAUGUGCGAUCUCAGGACAAGGCCGUGGAAGAAGAAGUGAUGGAUAUGUAGCACAGCUGCCUCUCCCACAGCUGCUCGCUGUUUUAACAUCUCUCCUUUUCCUACCAGGAGUUUAAGGGAUUCUCUGUGUUGUGUGACUUAGACCAAGUGAAAGCCUUUCCAGGCAGCUGUUGGACUCCCUUUCACUAAGGGUUCGACGUCCAGUGCUUCGGCCCCCCCAAAGCACAGAGCAACGUGUUUGCAGACACACCACGGCUGAGUGCAAGGCAAGCCAGGUCCUUCCUUAGGGGCAAGAGAGAUUUAGCCGGGUUAAGGCAUGGUUAGCAAAUGAAGAGAAGCAAGGCAGAGGAGACUGACCUUUUCCAAGUCUCCUCCUCCCCAUCAUGACCAAGGUAGAUCCAGCGAGAGAAAAAUCCGUUUGAGCUGUCUCUUCUACAGUGAGACUUGUGACACAAGUUCUUGGUUUACAGCGUAGGAGGAGCAUGCGUGGUCCUGAGGGGAACGUCCAGGCUAAGAAGCCUCCAAUCCAUCUCGAAGAGGACAGAAAGAUGGUUGUUUUUCUUUUUUUUAAAUAAUGAUGGACUCUUUCUUAAUAAAACACUUCUCCAUCUCGCUUUCA